AUGGAACUUGAGAAAAACAUCGGGAAAGUUAAAGAGCUGCUGAUGGGAAUCAAAGAGAAGAUGAAGGUGUUGGAAUCAAUGGCAAAUGAACAGCAGAAGAAGACUCUAGCUAAUGUUGACAAUUACCUCGACGAAGUCUCACAAUUUGCCGAGCAAGUGACGAAGGAUGGAGCGGCAAAGUUUGAGGAAAACAGUUCCAAAUGGCAGGAGAUGUUGAACAACAUCUUCCAGAAGGGUGGUCUGGAUAACGUGCUGAAAUUGCUCAAUAUGAAGUCGUCACGUCCUCAGUGCAUUACGGUAGCUGCCAUGAUGGCGCCCAUUGUCCUUGCACUCAUUCGCUAA